AUGUUGUUACCACUGUGUACUGCUAAGAACUUGACCCAGAGCAGGUUUCUUGGGCGAGUAGGCAUGGCCUCCCCGUCUCGCGCCUCGCAGAACCGCAGGCGCUCCAGGGACCCGAUCCGGCACAGUUACAACCCGGAGCAGUUCCCUAACGUAGACUUCCGGAACGGAGUGCCUGAGGAUGUGGCAGCCCUGCCUCGUUCCACCAGCGACACGGACCUGGUGACCUCCCACUGCCGCUCCACGCUGACAGUCAGCACCUCACAGUACACCAUCGGCCAGACCCAGGACAUCACACUCAGCUGGGACAUCAAGGAAGAGGUGGAUGCUGGAGACUGGAUCGGGAUGUACCUGAUCGAUGAGGUAUUGUCAGAGAACUUUCUAGACUACAAGAACCGCGGUGUGAAUGGCUCUCACAAAGGCCAAAUAGUAUGGAAGAUAGAGGCCAGCUCUUACUUUGUUGAGCCGGAAACGAAGAUCUGUUUUAAGUACUACCACGGUGUGAGUGGGGCUCUGAGAGCCACCACGCCCAGUGUGACUGUAAAAAACCCCUCAGCACCAGUGUUCAAACCUAUUACCACAGAUGACGUCCCACAAAAUCAGGGUAGCCGAAGACUCAUCAGUUUCUCUCUAUCAGAUUUCCAGGCGACGGGGCUGAAAAAGGGCAUGUUCUUUAACCCCGACCCUUACCUGAAGAUCGCCAUUCAUCCUGGCAAGCACAGCAUCUUCCCUGCUCUGCCCCACCACGGACAGGAGAAGAGGUCGGGCAUCGUCUGCAACACCAUUAACCCCGUGUGGCAGAGAGAGCGGUUUAAUUUCGUGUCUUUGCCCACUGACGUUUUGGAGAUUGAAGUGAAGGACAAGUUUGCCAAGAGCAGGCCCAUCAUCAAACGUUUCCUUGGCAAGCUGUCAAUGCCUGUACAGAGAUUAUUAGAGAAACAUGCCAUUGGUGAUCGAGUGGUUAGCUACACUUUAGGACGCAGACUGCCAACAGAACAUGUCAGCGGUCAGCUGCAAUUUAGAUUUGAGAUCACGUCAUCCAUCCACCCAGAUGAUGAGGACAUGUCCCUCAGUACAGAGGCAGAGUGUGCCACGGUGCCAGAGGAGCCUGAGCAGGAGCGGGAAGAUGGAGAGGCUGGAGACCAUCCAGCCCAGCCCCGGGCAGAGGACGCCAUGAGUCUGGAUCAGGCUGCCCCAGAAUUGCCUCUGGAUGGUGACACAACAUCUGCAGAGGUCCCGAUGGACGUGGAGCCUGAGCCCAGUUCUUCCGCGGAGCCAGUCGCCCAAGAGACAGCGCAGAGUCAGGCGGAGCUACAGGGGGAGCGGGUCCAAGGUGCGGAGACAGCUCCAGAGGCUGCCCAGAUAGAGCCUGUAGCUGGAGAAAACACCGAAGGGGAUGUCCUUCAAGCACAACCAGGUGGAGAGGAACAGGCACCCUCUGAACAGAUGGAGCAGGGAGAGGUACCAAGAGAAGCAAAUGCGACUGCUGAAGGACAUUGUAGCAGCGCAGCGCCACCCGCAGGACUGGAGGAGGACAUGAAGAGCGGAGCAGGAGUCUCAGAAUCCCAGCCGGGCUUUGAAGACGGGGUGCAAGAGGAGUCAGAGAUACAGGGUGAUAGGGAAGUGGAUUUGGAGGAAGGCUGCUCGCUUCGCAUCAGAACAACGCCCAGGCGUAAAACCAGGCCCAGUUCCCUCCCUGUGUCCGAGCUGGAGACGGUUAUUGCCUCAGCCUGCGGAGAGCCAGAGACGCCCCGUUCACACUACAUUCGCAUCCAUCACCUCCUUCACAGUCUUCCCUCCAACCACCCGUGCCCAGGUGACCAGGCACACGCCACCGAUCCCGAGCCCCAGCAGCCGCAGGUGGAAGAGGAAGAGGAUGAGGAAGAGGAAGAGGUAGAUGGGCUUGAGCCGCAUGCCUUGACGCCCAACGGUACCCCCUGCCCCAGACGGACUCUCCCUCGCAGUCGCUCCCACGAGCGCCUCUCUGACCUCAUUCAGAUGCUGGACGGCGACGGGCAGCCCAUGGGGGCAGAGGGUCAGGUCAGGAACGAAAGAUCACCAGGAGAGAGCGAGUGUGACUUAAGUCCCGUGCCUUGCUGCAGUCACAUGGAUCAGAGGCUCGCCGGACCCGUGCGAGCCCCCUCGUUGGACAGCGCACGCCGCUCGGAGAGCACAGUGUUCUCCUCUCAGGAGGACGAAGAGGAGGUUGAGAGGAUGAAUGGUAUUCUGGGAACAGAGGCAGAGGAGAGUCACGGGGCAGAGAAGAGAGAGCCUGAAGAUGGGAUUUCUCAGUGGGAGGAGGCACCUGCUUCUCAUGUCCAGAGCCCCACAGCUAAUGGAGACUCACCCGUGCCUGGUCCAAGUAACAGAGGAGGAAGAGAGUGCCCCCUGCCUUGUAGUCAUACCACUGUCAGUCAGCUCCCCGCCCUGCGCCCAGAUGUCCACCACUACCCCACCAUCGACGAGCCCCUGCCUCCCAACUGGGAGGCCCGCAUCGACAGCCACGGCAGGGUCUUCUACGUGGACCACAUCAACCGGACCACCACCUGGCAACGGCCAACCUCCGCCGCCACCCCUGACGGCCUCCGCAGGUCCGGGUCGGUCCAACAGAUGGAGCAGCUCAACAGGAGAUACCAGACAAUCCAGAGGACCAUGGCUCCAGAUAGGAGAGAAGAGGAGGGAGGCAGCCCCAGAACCGAGAGAGGAGGCACCUGUGAGACGGACUCACCUCCACAGACAAACGACUUGAGGAGGGAUACACCCUGUUCCCCGGGUCACUGUCAGAAGAUCACGCUGUUGCUUCAGUGUCCAGCGGUCAAGUUUAUCACUCAUCCCGAAUUUUUCACUGUACUCCACGCCAACUAUGGAGCAUACCGCAUGUUCACCAACAGCUCCUGUCUGAAACACAUGAUCCUGAAGAUCCGGAGGGAUGCGCGCAACUUCGAACGUUACCAGCAUAACCGGGACCUGGUGACUUUCCUUAACAGGUUUGCAGACGCCCAGCUGGAGCUGCCCAGAGGCUGGGAGAUUAAAACUGACCCACAGGGAAAGUCAUUCUUCGUGGAUCAUAACAGUCGAGCCACCACCUUCAUUGAUCCCAGAAUUCCGCUGCAGAAUGGCCGUCUGCCCAACCACUUAACCCAUCGCCAGCACCUGCAGAGGCUGCGCAGUUACAGCGCAGGGGAGGCAUCCGAGGUUUCCCGCUCCAGAGGGGUGUCUUUGUUAACAAGGCCUGGAAACAGUCUUGUUGCUGCCAUAAGGAACCAAAGCCAGCAAGAGCCGGUCCCUCUCGCUUACAACGAUAAGAUUGUCGCAUUUCUCCGACAACCCAAUAUCUUUGAAGUGCUUCAGGAGCGACAGCCAAGUCUUGCCAGGAACCAUUCUCUCAAGGAGAAGGUACACCACAUCCGCACAGAGGGCACUCCCAGAUUGGAGAAGCUGUCUUGCGAUGCUGAUCUGGUGAUGUUAUUGAGUUUGUUUGAGGAGGAGAUUAUGUCUUAUGUUCCCCUCACUACCUUUCAUCCUGGUUUCACCUUUUCACCUCGCUGUUCUCCGGGGUCAUCUCCACAGAACUCUCCAGGGACCCAGAGAGCUAGAGCUCCAGCUCCCUACCGCAGGGACUUUGAAGCCAAACUUCGCAACUUCUACAGGAAACUGGAGGCCAAAGGUUACGGCCAAGGCCCUGGAAAGAUCAAACUGAUAGUGCGGAGAGACCACCUGUUGGAGGGUACCUUUAAUCAGGUCAUGGCGUACUCACGUAAGGAGCUCCAGAGGAACAAACUCUACAUCACAUUCAUCGGCGAGGAGGGCCUGGACUACAGCGGCCCCUCCCGCGAGUUCUUCUUCCUGCUCUCCCAGGAGCUCUUUAACCCAUAUUAUGGUCUGUUUGAGUACUCUGCCAACGACACUUACACUGUCCAGAUCAGCCCCAUGUCUGCCUUUGUGGAGAACCAUCUAGAGUGGUUCCGUUUCAGUGGUCGUAUACUGGGCCUAGCUUUAAUCCAUCAGUAUCUGCUGGACGCUUUUUUCACCCGCCCUUUCUACAAAGCUCUCCUCAGACUAGCCACUGACCUCAGUGAUCUGGAGUACCUGGAUGAGGAGUUCCAUCAGAGCCUCCAGUGGAUGAAAGACAACGACAUCACAGAUGUCCUGGACCUUACCUUCACGGUCAAUGAGGAGGUCUUUGGUCAGGUGACAGAGAGAGAGCUAAAAUCAGGUGGAGCCAAUGUCCAGGUGACGGAGAAGAACAAGAAGGAAUACAUUGAACGGAUGGUAAAGUGGAGAGUAGAGCGAGGGGUGGUUCAGCAGACGCAGGCGUUGGUCCGAGGAUUUUAUGAGGUGGUGGACUCUCGGCUGGUGUCCGUGUUUGAUGCCAGAGAGCUGGAGCUGGUCAUUGCCGGAACAGCAGAAAUCGACCUGAACGACUGGAGGAAUAACACAGAGUACAGAGGCGGUUACCAUGAUGGGCAUAUAGUCAUCCGGUGGUUCUGGGGGGCGGUCGAGCGGUUUAACAACGAACAGAGGCUGCGUCUGCUGCAGUUUGUGACGGGGACGUCGAGCGUUCCCUACGAGGGCUUCACCGCAUUGCGCGGGAGCAACGGCCUCAGGCGCUUCUGCAUCGAGAAGUGGGGCAAGAUCACCUCUCUCCCAAGAGCUCAUACCUGCUUUAACCGGCUGGAUCUUCCUCCUUAUCCAUCCUACACCAUGCUCUAUGAGAAACUGCUCAUCGCUGUGGAAGAAACCAGCACCUUUGGCCUUGAGUGA